CAUGUUUGACAAGCUGAACCGUGAUGCCUUUCAAAUAGUUGCUUAUUUUUUGUUUCAAACGCUAGACCAGUCACUCACCAAAGAAGUUUUCAAGUUUUGCUGGCCUCCAUUGGACCAAAAAAGGGACACUGAAUUCCGGAAACACUGCUGUGAAUGGUUAAAAAAGAUUUCUGCUGAAUGUGGAGGUAGCUUUCCUCAAGUUGUUGGCUCGCUGUUUCUUUCUCCUGGCGGUCCAAAGUUUAUUCAUCUGAUGUAUCAUUUUGCAAGAUUUGUUGCAAUUAAAUACAUUAAAGUCAAUUCCAAAAAUUCUUCUCUACAUUUUACAGAAACAUUUAAUGCAAAGACACAAGAUAUGCACAAGUGCCUUGCCAGAUGUCAUAUAGCACGUAACAGAUUUUUUCAGAUUUUACAAAGACAAGAUUAUGUUAUCCAAAGAUAUCAGGAAAAUGCACAAUUAUCAGUUAAGCAAGUCCGCCAUUUGAGGUCAGAAUGUGUAGGACUGCAAGACCAAAUAAAGAGAAUGGAGCCCUCUGAUGACCAAAGUAAUAUAAAAGAGAAAAUUCAAAAGGUUCGGUCUUUGUGGGCCUUAGUGAAUGAAACACUCACAUUUUUGGAAAAAGAGAGGGAAGUUAUUAAUUCAGUCCUUACCCUCGUUAACCAAUAUGAAUUAGAUGGAACUAAGGUUGUUAUUAAUAUUCCAAGUCUCUUACUGGACAAAAUUGAGAAACAGAUAUGUCAGUUGCACAUAGGAAAUGUUUAUGAGGCUGGAAAAUUGAACCUUUUAACAGUUAUUCAGUUAUUAAAUGAAGUUCUGAAAGUAAUGAAAUAUGAACGUUGUCAGGCUGACCAAGCAAGAUUGACAAUAGAUCGUCACUACCUUGAAAAAGAGACCAAAUUUCAGAGGGAAAGAUUAUCAGAUCUGAAGCGUAUGAGGUGUAAAAUAAAAGAAGAUCUCACAACUAUACAACAUUCUGUUGUUGAAAAGCAAGGAGAAUGGCAUAAGAAAUGGAAAGAAUUUCUUGGUGUGUCUCCUUUCAGUCUGUUUAAAGGUUGGACUCCAGCUGUGGAUCUUUUACCGCCUAUGUGUCCCCUCUCAUUCGAUCCUGUCUCGGAGGAAGUAUACGCAAGUAGUGUUCUUUCUCAGUAUCCUGCUUCACUUCCAGUGGUGGUGGUCCUGGAGAUUGAACCCAGGAGUCUAGAAAUACCUAAACAACAUAAUCAAGAAAAUGGUUGCCGUGGAGACAUUGGUACCCUGGGAGCCGUGUGUGACACAGCCAACAGUGCUGCCUCUUUCCUGUUACAGUCAACUUCAUCAGAGACAAGCAGUGUUACACUACCUGGAAAGGAUACAGUCAUGAUGAGAGCUCCCAGAGAGAAAGACAAUAUAAUUUCUAAGAAAAUUCCGGAAUCUGAAGGGCAAGACUCUCCAUUGGUGGAUAUUGUAGGUACAGAGAAUGGUGCAUCUGGAGGAUCUCUGCCAGCCCAGAAAAGUGAUCCCUUCCAAAAAGAACAAGAUCAUCUGGUAGAAGAGGUUACUAAGGCAGUCUUAUUCGAUUCACCAGAGGUAUCUGAAGGAAAAGAAGUAAAAUUAGCAGAAUUAAUUGACUCUGUAAUUUCUAACCCCUUUUUAACAAGGAAACAGAUUCCCCGAACUCCAGAAAGCUUGAUAACUGAAAUUAGGAGCUCAUGGAGAAAGGCUGUUGAAAUGGAAGAUGUCAGAAGUACAGAACCAGUUCACGAGGAUACUGACCAUGGAGACGCAUUGCCUGAAUCCUUACCUGUGUUGCACAGUCAAAGAGAAUUUAGCAUGGCCAGUUUUUUCUCAGAUUUUGACCAGUCUUACUUGCCUGAAGAGAAAGUUGUCUUGGACUGUCUGGAAAAUAUGCCUCAGAAGCAUGUGGUGACCAGUCAUACAGGUGAACCCCCAACAGAAGAUAAGUCAGAUUUGUUAAAUAGGAAAAUAAUCUGUAAGCAAGAUUUAGAAUAUACAACUUUACCAACCAAGCUUUCAGAAACCAGCCCAGUAGAGGUAUUCUCUCCUUAUGUACACAGUAGGAUGCGUGUGAUGAUGGAUAGAAGUAAAGGUAAGUGUUGUAAAACAUCGGACCACUCACAACCUUCUUAUAGUGAAACUUCCAUGCAUAAAGCUGUGUUAUGGGACUCUUUUCCAAUAUUGAGUGGAAUUAGUUCUAAGAGUCUUAAGGAUAUGGAUUUUGGCAUAUUGCAUGAAACUCUUCCAGAAGAAGUUGGUCACCUAAGUCUUAAUAGCUCUAGUAGUUCUGAGAACAAUUUAAAACUGCAAUCAAAUAGCCCUUUGCAUUGUGGCAUUUUUCCAGAUGAUGUUAUGGAAGAAAGAGAGACUGCUCUAGAAUCAGAUUUCAGUUUACAGGCUAUUCACAGUAGUUACAAGGCUCUAAAGAUAUCUCUUUCCAAGUCAAGGGAAGAGUCUCACCUCUCUAGCCCUGAAACGCUUGAAAGACACAAGCUGGAAGUGAGUCCUACAUCCAAAAACAUGCAAACAGACAGUGUGUUUCACUUUUUGGACACUGAUGAUUUGCUCAUUGACUAUGCAAAGCCAUCUUUACACAUGUCCCUUGGUGAAAGAAAACAGUCCCUGUCACCACUAAUUAAAUUUUCUCCAGUGGAGCAAAAAUUGAGGACCACAGUACCAUGUAGUCUUGGAGAACUUCCACCUAAUUUAAAAGAAGAAAUCUUGAGUAAGAGCCUUGAUGCAGAAGAAUCUGACUCAGCAAGCUGACGCAGUUCCUGGUUAAUUUAACUAUGAUGCACUUAAAUUGAAGCUGUGUUGCAGAAUAGAACCUGAUUUAUAACUUAAGUAUGUGCUGGAAGUGUAACACUAUUUUUCAAAGAUGUAUAAAUAUCCUAAAUACCCUGUAGCUUCUUGUAAUGCUUUUAGAUAAGGAAAGUAGGUUUGGAGAUACUCUUUGUAGAGAUGUGAAGUUGAAAUGUGAAGUCUUUGCAAAGCAUAUGUCAAGGAUGCCAUUUUGUUAUUUUGAAUAAUUUUGUAAACCUUAAAUAAAUAACAAAAGUAGUUUAAUUUGGUACAGUUUCAGUUACUUAACAUAAAGAUAAGUUGCUUUUGAUGUACUUUCACUAAGUGUUGUUUUGGCGGUAGCACUAGGGUGCCGAUUUUGGGGAAAACAACUAGUUUCAAUUUGCAUUACUUUACUUACUGCUCAAAAACCAUUGAAGUUUUCAAGUGCCUACAGAAUAUCCAAAUAUCUUGUGAAAACUGAAUUUGGGCUUAAAUGACUUAUAGCGCUUAUAGUUGUUUGCCUCACUCUUGAGGCUCAGAAAUGGGGUUGUCUCUGCUGUGCAAAUGAACACUGUGUGCCAUCACCUCUGAUCCAGGUGGAGCAGGCGCUGGAGCUGAUCACCGUCAGUGCCUUCUGGAGCUUCAAUUUGCUGGUCCACGUUUCACUCCCAUUUUUUUUUUUUUUUUUGGUUUUGGGUAUCAGACUCAGGACCUUGUGCUUACCAGGCAGGCGGGGUGCCACUGAGCUAAAUCCCUGGCCAUUAAAGCUUCAAUUUGUAACCAUUAAAGUCUUGUUCUCUAACCCUCAAGAAGCUGACAGUGAAAGAAGUUGGAGGGAAGAAUUUUGAAAGUAGAUUGUCUUAAUCAUCUCUCUUCUCUUGGACUGCCUUUCUUCUCUUUAGGUUGCUUGUCAUGUCCCAAUUUCAAAAACCAGUCUUAGGCCGGGGGUUUGGCUCAGGGGUUCUGCUGCCUGCCUUGCAAGCACAAGGGCCU